CUUAUCACGUGACAGGAAGUGUCUAAGAUCAGCCCUCUGUGUGGGGUCUGUGUAGGAUCCAGGAGCUUGGUUCUCCCUCGGGCACAAUUGCCCCCAUGAUCCCCUCAGCUCCGGGCUCGUCACGUGGGAUUUACUAAGCUAAACCCUGCUGCUGUACCCUGACCCUCCGGCCCCUCCUCUCCCCCCGCACUAUGAGUCACCCGGCACCGAUCACCGACCACCCCCCGCUGCCCUGCUACACGUCCUGAUGCCCCUGCCUACCUGUCAGCCAUGGAGAAGACCCAGCUCCCCUGUAUGUACUAAGCUGCUGCCUCCUUGGUGACCCUGCGCUGCCCUCUAGAUGGACAUUACUGCCCUGGUGCAUGCAGAUGUGAAGGAAGACAUGCCUGUCCUGCUGGCAGAACUCCGUCCUUCCCGGGAACCUUUCUAUGAUUGGAAGUCGAGCUGUGAGACAUGGAGUGUUGCGUUUUCUCCUGACGGCUCCUGGUUUUCCUGGUCUCAGGGACAUGGCAUCAUCAAGCUAAUCCCGUGGCCAUUGGACGAGGAAGAACUGAGGCCACUAUCGUUCAGGCCCAAAAGUCAGUGCUACAAGGGCUCUGAAGUAAAAAGGAAAGGGAGCCUGAAAGAAAAAAUAUUAGACUGUGGUCAAAUAGUUUGGAGCCUGGCAUUUGGUUCCUCAUCUGCACCAGCUGGAUGGAAGCUAUGGCCUCUCUCCAGACAACAAGAUGCCAAAUCUAGCGACACUUGGCUUCUUUUGGCAACUGGACUCAGCGAUGGACAUGUCAAAGUAUGGGAAGUACACACAGGUCGUCUUCUUUUCAAUCUAUCUGGGCACCAGGAUGUUGUACGAGAUCUAAGCUUUACAAAAAAUGGCAGCUUGACUCUUGUUACAGCAUCCCGCGACAAGACUCUAAGAAUCUGGGACUUGAAAAAAGAUGGUAAGCUGAUCCAGGUGCUUUCUGGACACGCUCAAUGGGUUUACUGCUGUUCCAUCUCCCCAGACUGCACCAUGCUGUGCUCUGCAGCAGGAGAAAACGUGGUGCUGCUGUGGAGCAUGCGUUCAUAUACCCUAAUUCGGAAGCUUGAGGGCCAUCAGAACAGCGUAGUGUCGUGUGACUUUUCUCCGGAUUCUGCUCUGUUAGUCACAGCCUCGUAUGACACUACCUUGAUUUUGUGGGACCCCUACACUGGAGCAAAGUUACGGCAGUUUCUCCACGCUCCAUUGUCUGGUGAUGUCGAUUACAGUAGUGCGGAGCCACAGCUCAGCUCACUCAGAUCAGUCUGCUUUUCACCGGAAGGUCUACACCUUGCAAGCUUGGCAGAUGACAGAUUUUUGAGGGUAUGGUCCUUAGAAUUACAAGAACCCCUGACUGCUGCUCCAGUUACCAAUGGUCUAUGUUGUACAUUUUUUCCACAGGGGGGAAUUCUUGCAACCGGAAAUAGGGAUGGGCACGUACAGUUCUGGACAUCUCCUCGGAUUCUGCCUUCUCUGCGCCACUUGUGUCGUAUGACACUACGGCGUUUUCUAACCACCUAUCGGGUCCUCGCGUUACCAAUUCCAGGGAAAAUGAAGGAUUUUCUUAUUUACAGGACUAAUUAUUAGACACCACAGCUAAGAAGUCAUGAUGAUAUCGAAACAAACCUCACUAGAAAUUUGAAACCUUACACUGAAGCUGCAUAAAACCUCAUUCCUACUCCGAAAGGAAACAUGGCAGAAACAAGCUGUGCUGUAAGAAUUGCGGAAAGCUGUAGUUUGUGAGUUGAAUUUUAGAAAUGAAAUGUAUGAUUGUAGCCCUUCUAUACUACCUUCAGUGUACACCAUAAAUGGUAAAGGGCCAAAAAGGUGGUUUUGACCGCUAACAUUCGCUUUCAUCUAUUACAAACACUUAAAGUCCAAUCCCUAUGAAUCUUCACUGCACUAUUCAUUCUUUGCAUUGGAAUUUACACCUGAUUCAACUUAAGGGGGAAAACAUUCUUAAAAAAAGAAAACAAGCUAAAAAAAAAAACUCCUAAAAGUAACUCCGUGCCAUGCUUAAACAUUGUUAUUGAAAAAAAAAUGGCACUCGUACCAAUGACUUAUAGGGGUUUUGAGGAAUUCUAAUGUUAAAGCAAUCACAUUUCUGUAUUUACUUUGUCUGUUCAAAUGAAAGGUCUUUUAUAUAAUUUUUUUGGGGGAAAAUAUUAAACAAGUAGAAGGGAAAAUCCAUCAUGGUUGGGAACAAGGCCCUACCAUCUGGUAAAGUGCACAUAACAUGUGGUUGACAUUGCAUCCAUUGGUCACCUGACAGCAUUGUCCAGUAGCUCUUGUGCUGUAUGUGUACACUGCUAGGGUGAUUUGUUUAAAGGGGUACUCUAGCAUUUUUUUUUUUUUUUUUAAUAUGCCCAGGCUUCCUGCUUUAACAGAAUUACUUCCCUCAGUCCCCAGUAGCCUCGGGUAUCAACUUAGUGCUGGGGGUGAAUGUUACAUUGCUGCUCAGCAAUGAUUGGCUGAGCAGCAAUGUGAGGUAUUAAGCCCCCAGCAUUACGAAGAUUGAGGGUUGCUAUAUUGAAGGCAACAGGUGAUCAAGAGAGGUAAGUACAGUUGUUACCUCCAGGGUUUUUUUUUCUUUUCAUUUGUCUAAGCUUUUUUUUUUAUUUUAUUUUACUUUUUUAAAACCCUUUUGCUGUAGUACUCAAGUUAAAUAAUUUAAGGCAAUGUGUGGCAUAUUACCAGACACAAAGGUUAUCUACGUAUAAUCACCAUUAGUCAAAACCGUUAAAAUCUGCCAAUCUACAAACAUAAAAAUCUAUGUUUAACUUGAUUUAUAUUUGUGUUUCCCCUUUAAGAUUUUGUGUUAAACACAUUAAGACCUAAGUCAGAUUGCAGUACUUUUGCAUCAGUAUUUGAAAGCCAAAACCAGUUAUUUAACCUACAGAGAGAACUAUGAUGGAAAGACAUACAUCUGUUCUAUGUUUUGACUUACAAAUACUGGUUCAAGUAUGGACCAUAAUACGCAAGUGUCCGUGUGGCCUAAAGGCACCAGCACUGCUUUUUAUUACCUGCUGUUAGUAACAGAUAAAAGCAAAUGAACUUAAAGGGGAACUCCGGUGGAAAACAAAGGUUUCAAAUCAACUGGUGCCAGAAAGUUAAACAGAUUUGUAAAUCACUUCUAUUAAAAAAUCUUAACCCUUCUAGGACUUAUCAGCUGCUGUAUACUACAGAGAAAUCUGUGAAGUUCUUUUCUGUCUGACCACAGUGCUCUCUGCUGACACCUCUGUCCGUGUCAGGAACUGUCCAGAGCAGGAGAG